UUUGACAUGUUGGCUUGUGGUAGCAACUAAACGAGAGCGACUGGGCAAGUUUGUUGUUGCUCUGGACUGUUGGACUCAUUGGAUGCAGAGGAUUUUCGAGCUAAAUACUACACGAGUGGACUGAGUCGUUUUUUCUUGCUAAUUUGUAGGGUGCCUUUCACUGCAGACCGUUAAGCACUAACCUUAACUGGCUAAUUUAGCUAGUUGCUAAGCCGUCAGCCAUGUAUGCCUGUUCAAACGUAAACAUCCGACUGUGUGAUAACGAGCUUGUUACCUAGCUAGGCUAUCUUAGCUAGCUGACUACACACUUAACCUUGUGUCUUCAUGUAGUUACUCAACGGUACUAAUAGCGUUCAUGUCGCCCAACAGGCUGGGAGGUUACGUCCCAGUGUGGGGAAAUGAAUGAUAUCACACAGCAUUUCAGUUUUAUCCGGUCAUGGUGCCCAUUCUGUAAGUUUACUUCUGCUAGCAAGCCAGCUGGCUGGUUUCUUACAGGCCAGGUUUAGUAGACAGCUAGCAGAUGGCUUAAUGGUUUAACAUUGGUUGUCUUAGAGAAUUUGGUUGUCUUAAAGAAUUAGUCCAGCUAAUUCUGAGUAGUGUUUUAGGACUCGAAAUGUGGAGCCACAAAUGAAUUCUAUCUAGAGAACUGGUUGUGGAAGUUGUCAGUGAGGAGAUCAUUAACCUAGGUUACUAUGGGUUUGCUAAACCUUGUUUUUAGCUCCAUUGGAAAAUGCUUUGACACUAUUGUCCUUCUUUUGGACUUAAAUUUUGUGGUUGUUAAUUCCCUAGUUCGCUUUUUGGUAGCAGUGAUCUCUUUCGUUGGCAGUUUACCAAUGCUGCUCACUAAUUCGGUUUUGGAGUGUGUGAACCUUACUCUGUUGUGCGUCCUCACACUGACGGAUGGGGUGACUGUCGUGACGCACAACGUGAUCGGUGGUGGGAUGCAGAUGCUUGGUGGUGUACUUGAAAGCUUUAAGAUGGUGGGUUACCUGUCCUCACACAUACUGUUGCGCAUGAAAGAGCUUCUGCACCGCGGACUGCUCUCAGGACACCACUUGCUGCGUCAGGCCUGGGAGGGAUGUGGCAUUGUGUUUAGUCUCCUGUUGUACCUCAUCAACACAGUCGUCAACCUUCUGCUCAUAGGCACACAGAACCUGUAUGGUGUUUUGGUCAGCAUAGUGGAGGCCGUGUCCAGCCCUUUACAGAAAGCUGUUGAGCUGACCCUGGCUGUCUUCACCUUCUGCUACAGUACCCUGGUGGGCACGUCACUUCUGCUCUGGACACCAUGCAGACUAGCCAUGGAGUUCCUGAGCUCACUCGGGCAUAUAUUCAUCAGUGUUUUCUUGCUCAAUUCCUAUGGGUUGCUGCUCACCCUGGCCAUAAUUAUAAGUGCCACUGUUUAUCUGAAUCCUGCCCUAUCUCAACAAGCAGCUCAGGGAAUAACUGACUACGUCAGCACGGCUCCCAGCUUGCAACGUCUCCGGAGAACACUAGAGAGGCUCUGCCUGCUGGAGAGAAGCUCAUGGCAGCGGUUUACUCGGCCCCGCAGUCGUAUGGGCCUCUGGACUUCAUUCGCAGGGAGGGGCGCUGUCGGGACAGGAAACAGGGACAUUCAACAACCUGACGCUGAGGAAGGCGCUCCUCAGGAUGACGUAGCUGAGGAAGUGGGUCCUCCAGAUGACGCAGCUAGAGGAGCAGACGUGGGGGGUGAUGGUUCCUCAGACCAGCACCCUGCCCAGCUUCUCCAGGACCAGCCCCUCCCUAGUUCCAGCUCUCACCGACCACUGCGGAGAGCGGCCUCGGAGCAGAGCUGCAAGGCUCCCCCUGCAGAUAACCUGCUGACCCUCCUGCAUGAGCAGGAGGAGAGGAAGAAGUGUGUCAUCUGCCAGGACAGCACGAAGACCGUGGUGCUUCUGCCCUGUCGCCAUUUGUGUUUGUGUAGAGACUGUACCAAUAUCCUACUCCGCCAACCCAUCUACCAGCACAACUGCCCUCUGUGCCGCCACAUGAUCCUCCAGACUAUGGACGUGUACCUCUGAAAGAGACUGUGGACAUGCACGGCUUGUGCAGUUGGGUGAAUCUCAGGUUAAUGGAGCAAGACUGUUGUCUAAUUGUGUGCUGCGCCACCUCUCGGUCAGUAAGGUGGAGCAGCCUGCAGAUUCCCUGUGUAUAUUGUCCUUUCCACUGUGCUGGAUCUUUUGCUACUGUCAGUUAUAAAUUCACAUGACCAUGCCCUUUUAUACACUCAAGGUAUUCUCAGCUUGUUGAGGCAAAUAAGUACAAUAGUCUUUUCAUAGUAUUAUUCAUAAUAAUUAAGCUUUUGUAUUGAUGUACACUACAUUUUUAUACUGCUAUGAUGAAAACAUGAAUGUAAGCUUAACUUAGCAUAACAAAAAGCAAAGAGUGAUCCUUUCAUUGCAAUCCCAAAACACUGUAUGCACUAUACAGUGACCCAAGCGAGACCUGUUGUUGGGCACGUCUUUGUGUAAUGCAAUACUCGAGCCUUAUAAUGUGAGCGAUACUAUUGCCUGACUUUACAGAUUCUUAAAUGGUAACAUUUGUUGCACUGAUUGAUUGAUUUAUGCUUAGUGCUGACAAUGUUUUGCUUUGCUUUAUUCUAUUAUCUCUUCCUUCUUUUCAUCUGGCAGAUAUGUUUCUGCUAUUUCUACAAGCCAUUUUACAGUUCAACAUUAUGUAGUUGAUAUUCAAGCUGUUUGUUCUUCCGCUUCAGACCAAAUAUUGAUGGGGUUUUUUAAUGGCCCUCUAUCUGUUGUGUUUAUUUGUGUGCUCAUAUAAAUGAUAUUGAUCAGCACCCAGUAAAAUCCAAACAUUGGCCCUUGAUUCUGCUAUACACUUUAUAAUUUGGGUUUUGCUCUGUCUCCUGAUUCAACUGAUUAAUAUGCAGACAUAAUCUAAAACCCAGAUGGGGCCAUAGGAAAAGGCCCUUACCAGAAAUUCAUUCACAUGGUGUUCAGGUGUUUUCAUUUAUUUAAUCUAACAUGAGACCAUCAUGUCAGAGCGUCGUUUCAACACAUUUAUCUGAUGUACUGGGGUAUUCAUUAUCACAGUAGUGACCAAAUGACAUUCACCAUCCACUAACACUGAACAGUCCUGUUUGGAUAAUCAUUUUGCUCCUGCAAAUGAGACACAGUUUACUGAUGAUCAUUUUUGCCAAAUAAGAAAGCCCAGGCUGUGUUUGAGCAGCAAAGUUUAGAUUUUGCUUAUCUAUAACAUGCCUCUUUUUUGUACAGAAACCCCACAUCCCAAAGCAUGUGAGAUUAAGCCAAAUUAUUCAUCUCCUGUUAGUUUAUUGUGUCGAGCUUGGACGUGGAAUACGUUCUGACAUAGUUAUUUACACUAACAAAGUUGCCAUGUCAUGCUAAAGAACAGGAAACGUCUGCCAGUAGUUAACAUGGCUCGGACUGUGUAAAUGCCAUCAGAUUUUUUGCAGUGUUUUCUUUGCCUGUGUGCGGGAUAUAUAAGACGAUGGGAUGUUUUUCAAUGCUUAGCUGUGACUUCACAGGCCAACAGAAAAUGUUGAGUAAAAAAACUUUAAUAAAGACCACUGUGGCUG